UUAUCAGUUCUUGUGUGUAGAUAACUGUAGUUGUAGUGGCCUAUAAUUAUCCUGCUGCCUGAUAAAACGCAUAUAACAUUUACAAUAAUUCUAAGCAGUAACUAUUGUGUAUAUUUCCAAUGUCAUAUAGUGCGCUGUAAACCAAUUAAUUCAGAUAGAGACAACUGCAUUAUAUGGCCAUUAAAAUGUGCUGUUAUUUUCACAAAAUCAGUAAAGUCCGUAUGCCUGAAUUUAUGAAUGGGCAUGCUACACGCUACCCACUUCUCUCUGGUAUUUGUUGGAUAAAUGCAUUUGGAAAAAAUACAUUAUAUUUAACUUGAGGGAAAUUACACAUUUUAUCAACUCAGUCAUAUGACAUUGAGCAUUUGGCCGAUGUUAAAAAAAAAUAUGCUAAAUGUGUGUUUCUUUGUCCUGUGGCUCCCCUCCAUAGAGAUGGUAUAGCCUCCGUUCAUUCAUAAAAGUCUGGCAGACUAUAAAAGGAGGGGCUUGCACACGAGUCUAUCAGUUACCAGGUAUAAACCUGGAAUAGAUGCAACUGAAGAAAAACUAUAUUUGACGAGCAGGCCGGUUAUUCUAUUAGCUGAGGAUAUUUUAAGACAUGUUUCUUAACUCUGAAUUCGAUUCAAUGUCUCGCUGCAGCACAGAAUCUCCUGUCGGGGACACCCUGAUGUACUAUCAGAAGACGCAAGAUGACUCUUUCUCCACGUCCUCAGCUUCGCCGUCAGAGAGCAGUGCACAGGAGCUCUGCCCAGACAUGGAUAUACCAGCCACUUCAUUUGUUCCAACAGUGACUGCAAUUUCCACUACCCCAGAUUUGCAGUGGAUGGUCCAGCCGACUAUUAUAACAUCUGUCUCCCCAUCUCUGGGUAGCAAGCAAGCCAAUGAAGUGCAGAGCUCUCACCAGGCAACACCCAAAGUGGGCGGGAGCAGGGGAAAAAACACUGGCAGAAAGGGGAAAAUCGAACAGCUCUCUCCAGAGGAAGAAGAGAAGAAGAGGGUGAGGAGAGAGAGGAAUAAAAUGGCUGCAGCCAAGUGUCGCAACAGACGGAGGGAACUCACUGAUACACUGCAAGCUGAGACUGAUCAGCUGGAGGAAGACAAAACAGCUCUGCAGAUUGAGAUAGCCAAUCUCCUCAAAGAGAAAGAGAGGCUCGAAAUUGUCCUCGCUACUCAUAACCCUGUGUGCCAAAUUGCAGACGACCUGGACUCCAUCUUCUUGGAGCCCAGUGGGUCUCCCGAGCUGCCCCCCAGCCCAGAGGGGAGUAAGCUCCAUGAGGACAGUGCCCAGGAAGCCCCCUCGCUCCAGGACAUGGACAUUCCCAGUGACCCAUCCACAGCCAUCUCUGGGAACUCCAACAUCCUACUCUGUGCCAGUGCUGAAGUAAACAUCUGCGACCUUGAGCCCUCUUUGGACAUGAAGGAGGGGCUCCUGGACAAUCUGCUGCCCAGCAUGGAGGAGAAAGUCCCUACAGAGACUGCCCGCUCUGUACCAGACAUUGACCUGAGCGGUUCCCUUGGGGUUACGGACUGGGAAACCCUGUACAAAUCUGUGUCUAACGACCUAGAGCCUCUGAGCACUCCUGUUGUGACAUCGACCCCCACCUGUAGCAGCUACUUGACCAUUUUCACAUUCUCCUGUCCCGAGCUCGACUCCUUUGGAGAGGGGUUUGACGGUCGCAAAAGUGGAGUGGGCAAGGCUGAAUCUGUUGAUAUCCUCAAGUCUCCAACCCUGUUGGCCUUAUAAUGUCAGCAGAGGGAGUUGAUUGGUGGAUCACUGCAGUUGGUAUCCCCAGUUGUAAUAAGAUAUCAGAGACUUGCUGUGGUGUCAGCACAUCAGUUUGAGGAUUACAUCAAUGAAAUGUGUUACUUGACUAAGCAAGUAUAAACUUCUUCCAGAUACAACUUAUGUAGCUAAAAGCACGGCUAUACAUUUUACAGAUGGGGAUGAAGUAUGUUCUGGUUUUAACGCAUGCCGAGGAAUUCCAAAUAAUGUUCAUAUAUGUUUGAUCUGGUAAACUGUAUUGUGGAAUUGACUGUAUGGUUUUGUGCUUCAAUGGGAAUAAUAUAUCAAUAGCAAUGAAUGUUGUGUUAAAGUAAACAUCCAUGUUCAGUACUCACAUAGAUACCUCAAUGUCAUCCACUGUGAUUUGACCUCAUUGUUACAAUGUUUAGAGUUUUCCAUGAAAACAUCCAGUGCUAUAUCUAUCAAGAUGUAAUUUAUGAUGAUUUAUUUUUUUACCUCAGAUUUGGACUUGUUUGUCAAAUAAAAAAAGUUAAUGAGCAUUUAUUGCUUAUUGAUAAAUAUUCACAUUAAAUAUUCAUUCAAAGUGA